AUGGUAGAAGGCACCGCAAAGUCAAAUGGGAAGAAAGAUAUACUUCCCAUCUUCUAUGACGUGCGCCCUGAUGAUGUUAAGCUCAAAACCAAAUUGUACAAAAAAGCUAUAGCCAAGCACAAGAAAAAGUUCAGCUCCGAUGCAUUGAAUCGGUGGGAGGAUGCUCUUGUAAAGGUUGCACAUCUAAAGGGGUGGGAACUUGAAGGAAAAUGCCAUGGAGAACAAAUUGAAUUGGUUGUUAGAGAGGUAUUGUGUAAGCUUAAUGCCAGAAAUGUGGAUGUGCCUGAAUAUUGGGUUGAAGAUCAUCGUCAAAUAGAAGACAUACUAGAAAAGUUGGAAGUUGACUCUGAUGAUGUAUGUUUCCUUGGUAUUCAUGGAAUAGGUGGCAUUGGUAAAACAGUCUUGGCAAAGGUUGUGUUCAACAAAAUAUCUUCUCACUUUGAAGGUGUUUGUUUCCUCAACGACGUUCGAGAAUCAUCACAACAUGGUCUUAUAAACGUGCAGAAAAAGUUAUUAGCAAGUUUUGUGGGUCCUGUGAUUGCUGAUCUUAUCAAAGACAUUGGAGAUGGGAUGAAAUCAAUCAAGAGAGUAUGUCAUACUAAAAAAGUCCUCAUUGUUCUAGAUGAUUUAGAUAAGCAAGAGCAACUCAAAAAGCUAGCUGGAAAAUCAGAUUGGUUUGGUUUAGGCAGUAGGAUCAUCUUCACCACUAGGAACUUAGAGGUCUUGAGUACUCAAGUGGAAUCAUCUGGUGAAGAGGUCCUAAAUCAACCCAAAGGAAUUUUGGCUUAUGAAGCUCAUGAAAUGAAAUACAAUCAAGCACUUCAGUUGUUUUGUAAGCACGCAUUCAGGAGAGACUCUCCCCUAGAAGGAUAUGAUAAUCUUACAGAGAAAAUUGUUCGUAGAGUGGGUAUGCUUCCUUUGGCUGUUGAGGUCAUAGGUUCAUUUCUUUAUUGCCAAAGCUUUGCCUUGGGGCAAUAUUUUGAUAAACAAAAGCUAUGGGAAGGUAUGUUGAAGCAGUUAGAUGAUGGUCCUUUUAAGGAUGUUCGAGAUGCAUUAAUGAUAAGUUAUGAAGGAUUGGAGAAUAAGCAAAAAGAAGUAUUUCUUGAUAUUGCUUGUCUUUUCACCAACGAGGACCAAACAUAUCCAAUUAUCAUGUGGGAUGACUGUAAUUACCAUCCUUACCUUGCAAUUCCAGUCCUCUGCCAUCGGUCCUUAAUAAAAAUUGGACACGACAAUAAGUUUUGGAUGCAUGACCAAGUUCGAGAUAUGGGAAGGCACAUCAUACGUGAAGAAUAUCCUCGCAAAUUUAGUAGGGUGUGGAUUUAUAAUGAUGCUAUAGAACUACUGGGGAGAAAACAGACAAAUCAAGAUGUAGAAGUACUAAGCCUGACUUCCGAUGGCUGCAGCCGAAAUAUUGUACCAGAAGAAUUAGCUGCUCUACCAAAUCUAAGAUUCCUUCGAGUUAAAGGCAUUGAUUUUUUUGGCAACUUCAAGAAUCUUGUUUUGAAGCUAUGUUUGCUUUCUUGGAAAGUGACGCAUAAUAAAUUUUGUGCGGAGAAUUUUCAUUUUGUUAACUUAGUUGUGCUAGACCUUUCAAGGAGCAAUAUCGAAGAUGAUUGGGAUGGAUGGCGCCAAUUCCAGAUGACAAAGAAUUUGAAAGUUUUGGAUUUAACGGGGUGCACGAAACUGACGAGGACACCCGACUUCUCUGACUUCGUGUCUUUGGAGUUGUUAAUACUUUCUGGCUGUGUCAAGUUGAUCACGAUCGACGGCUCCGUCGGUAAGCUCGAGCUCCUGAAAACUUUGAAUAUCGAGGGAUGUCUGUAUCUCGAGCAGCUGCCCGCUCUGCAUUCUUCGACGCAAAUUGUCAGGGACCGAAAUACUGGACUUGUUGAGAGCCUCAAGAGGGAGCUGACAGAGACUUUCACGAGGCAAAUAAAAGAGAAAUUGAAUUUCACCUGCUCUAAAGAGAAUUUGAAGACCACCUGUGCAGAGAAGUGGAAGACCUGCGUUGAGGUGUCAUUGAAGACCUUCCUUGCAGAGAAACCUAAUUUGAGGUGUCGCCGGGUGUCAUUGAAGACCUUCUUUGUAGAGAAACCUGCUUCGCCGGUAGGUGUAGUGUAG